AUGGCGUCCAUCAGCAGAGACUUUGAGGCGGGCGCGCCUAAUCAGGGGAAGAGCCAGGGCUAUGUCGUCGAUGAAGAGAAGAACAAUUAUGACCUGGGCCCCCGCCGCUCUAGUACCGUGGGAUCUGUGAGAUCAGUCACCGACAAUACACAUCGCAAGCUGAAAAACAGACACAUCCAACUCAUCGGUAUUGGUGGUACGAUUGGAACGGCUCUUUACGUCCAGAUCGGCAGAGGAUUGAUGAAUGGUGGUCCUGGGUCUCUGUUUCUCGCCUUUUCGUUAUGGUGUACCGUCAUCUUGGCUGUGAUGCUCAGCAUCGCCGAGAUGGUCACGUUCCUCCCGGUAUCCUCGCCAUUCAUUCGCUUUGCUGGACGCUUUGUAGACGACGCCUUUGGCUUUGCGGCUGGGUGGAAUUUCUUCGUUUUUGAGGCAGCCCUAGUACCAUUUGAGGUUGUGGCUUGCAACGUCGUUAUUGGAUUCUGGAGCGAUGUCGUGCCCACUGGUGCCAUUAUUGCAAUCGUUCUCAUCCUCUAUGCUGUCAUCAACAUGCUGGCUGUGAAGUGGUAUGGAGAAACGGAAUUCUAUGCUGCCGUCGGCAAAGUCCUGCUCAUCAUCGGCCUGCUCUGCUUCACCUUCAUUUCCAUGUUGGGCGGCAAUCCCGAAAAAGACCGCUAUGGAUUCCGAUACUGGGAGAAGCCUGGAAGCUUCGCAGAAUUGUACUACGGAGGAGCACUCGGCCGGUUCCUGGGAUUUCUGCAAUGCCUCAUCCAAGCAUCCUUUACAAUUGCCGGGCCAGACUACGUCUCCAUGGCUGCAGGAGAGACGGAGAACCCGCGCAAAGUCAUGCCGCGCGCCUACAACGCCGUCUUCUACCGUCUCACCACCUUCUUCGUGCUUGGCUCCCUCGCCGUGGGAAUCAACGUGCCAUACAACGACCCGGAGUUGAUCAAUGCCUUUAAACUAGGUAAGCCCGGUGCCGCAGCCUCACCCUACGUCAUCGCCAUGAACAGACUGCGCAUCGAAGGUCUCCCGCACGUCGUCAACGCCGGCGUCCUCGCAUCUGCCUUUUCUGCAGGAAACUCGUACGUCUACUGCGCAUCGCGCUCGCUGUUCGGCCUCGCGCUCGAAGGCAAAGCCCCCAAGAUCUUCACAAAAUGCACGAAACAAGGCGUGCCGUUCUACUGCGUCCUCGUCGUCCUGCUCAUCGCCCUGCUCUCGUUCCUCCAGCUCAGCUCAAACUCGGCCGUCGUGCUCAACUGGUUCGUGAGCUUGGUCACCGCCUCCCAGCUCAUCAACUUCAGCGUCAUGUGCUUCACCUUUUUGCGCUUCCACAAGGCGUGCAAAGCUCAGGGCUUGGAUCGCAACACGCUGCCGUACAAGGGCAUCUGCCAGCCUUACGCCGCAUAUUACGGUCUCAUCUGCACCUUUAUCAUGACUUUUGUCGGUGGAUAUACCGUUUCCCUAAAGGGACAAUGGGAUGUAACUUCUUUCCUGUUCUCGUACUUGAUGGUCUUCAUUUUCCCCGUUCUCUUCAUCGGCUGGAAGAUACUCAAGAGGACCAGAUGGGUUCCCUCGCACGAGGCCGAUCUCGUUACCGAUCUCGCGGAAAUCGAGGAGUACCAUCGCACUUUUGUCGAGAAGCCGGAGACAAACCCGUUCAACCGCUUUUUGGAUAAGCUGUUCGCUUAG